AUGAACACAGAACUGAGUAGUGUACCUAAGUCAGGAACAAAGUCAUUUCCAAGUUACUCCAAGUCUGAAUUAAUGCAGAUGCAACAAAGUGAUCCAACGAUAAGCUCACUCCUGAAAUUUUGGAGAGUUGGCAGGAAACCCGAUCCAAAGGAGAAGAAAGAUCUCACUAUUGGUACCCGUGCAUGUCUUGUUACGGCAAUGGAAACGGUUGGAACUGAAGGACCGAGUAUUGCACCGAACGAUUAUUGAUCCACGAGAGCAGGAGGUACAACAGUUGGUGCUACCUGAGAUUCUAAAGGAGAGAGUAAUUCGCAGUCUUCACAACGACAUGGCACAUCAGGGCUUAGAGAGAACUAUUCUUCUAGCUAGAUCUCGAUGCUGCUGGCCAGGUAUGUACACACUACACAGAUGUAGAGAAAUGCAUCAAGUCAUGUGAACGAUGUGUUUUGUCCAAGAUGCCACAAUCGCGUAUUCGAACAUCAAUGGGGUACCUUCUUACCGAACAACCCCUGUCAGUUUUUGCCAUUGACUUUACGUUGUUGGAACGUUCGAGUGAUAUAACAGAAAAUGUCUUUGUAAUGACUGACGUUUUCACCAAGUUUGCGCUAGCAGUGCCCGCGGAAGAUAAAAAAGCAUCCACGUUGCCAAGGUGCUGGUCAAAGAGUGGUUUCAAAAGUACGGCACAUCUGAACGGACUGAAAUAUAGAAAUGCUUAUAGUGCCGAUGAUGCCGAGAUAUUUAAAUAUUAUCUAACCUCUCGAGCUCGUUGUACAAAUUAA